AUGCCGCCUCGGCGCAAGCGUCAAAAAGGACUUGCGUCUACAAAAGCAGAAGAUUUAGAGCGCGACCUGGUGCCAGGGCCGACAGGGCCGACAGGGCCGACAGGGCCGGAUGGAAGAUGUGGAAAAUUGUGGAUUGGAUACAACGCAGACUUGCAGACGCUUCACAGAGAGGUCGAGGCUGGAGCUGAAGAACUCGGCUUAAGCCUAGAGAAGUACCUGGACGCAACCAGCUUUUGGGAAACGCCUUUGCGCGCUGGGCUUUUGGCUUCCAAGCUGCCACAUGCUGUGGAACAGCUCAAAGCUGUGCAGGGGAAGAUGCCAAGAGCCACAGAUAAGCAGCUUCUCUGUGGUGGAGCAACCUCCGCCAGGUAUUUGCGACAGCUCCGGCGGAAUGUGUUGCAGGCAAGUCGCAGCAAGUCAAAGUGGAAAUGGCUGGACACUGACAAGACAACAUUGGUCACGGCUGAAACGGAAGAUGCCGCACGGCGAGUAGUGGGAGCUACGCUGGAGGCUCUCAUGUGGGUCAUCAGCAACACUGAGGCUCCAUUUUUAGAGCAUUGGGUGUGGUUUUAUUUUUUGAAAUUGACAAAAUUGAUCCAGAUAUUAUCCAGGUGA